UCAGAACCGGUGUCUACCCUCGCGACUGCCGUUCUGGGCUUGCUAAAACAACAAGGUCGGACACUGGCUGCCGCCGAGUCCCUCACGGGGGGGCUGAUCGCAAGUUCCAUCACGGACAUCCCCGGUGCCAGCGAGCAGUUCGUCGGGGGUGUGGUGACCUAUUCUUCCGAAGCUAAGUACACUAUCGGAGUCCCACGCCCGACAGUGGAGGAUCAUGGCGUCGUCUCCCCUCAGACAGCGGGGGCGAUGGCGAGCGCGAUCAAGAAGCUGUUUGGGGCCGAUUUCGGCGUAGGCGUCACGGGAGUUGCUGGUCCGGCGGAACAUGGUGGCAGAACGGUGGGAACGGUUUUCGUGGGUGUCGAUGGGCCGAAUGGGGUUGUCGUAGAGGAAGGAGGGGAGGUGUGUUUGGAGAAAGGAGAUAGGCGGGAGGUGAAAGCCGCCGCUGCUGCUGCUGCGCUGAAUCUCCUCAGGAGACAGCUCCGUGCUAGG